CGCCCUUCGCGGUGGACGCCGGCGGCCCUGGACGAGGGUUCCACCACCUUAAAUGGUUUUGAGCCAAUGAAGCUGUAUCCCCUUAAGAAGACGGACAGCCUGUCGCGUGAACUGUAGAAUUUGCAGACAGAUUUAUAUUGGUAUCCGCCCCCAGAUCAUGAACGGCCCCCUGCACCCCCGCCCCUUGGUGGCACUGCUGGACGGCAGAGACUGCACCGUGGAGAUGCCCAUCCUGAAGGACCUGGCCACUGUGGCCUUCUGCGAUGCACAGUCCACUCAGGAGAUCCAGGAGAAGGUGUUAAAUGAGGCCGUGGGCGCCAUGAUGUACCACACUAUCACCCUCACCAGGGAAGACCUGGAGAAGUUCAAGGCCCUGCGGGUGAUCGUGCGGAUCGGCAGUGGCUAUGACAACGUGGACAUCAAGGCUGCCGGCGAGCUUGGGAUCGCUGUGUGCAACAUCCCAUCUGCAGCUGUGGAAGAGACGGCCGAUUGCACCAUCUGCCACAUCCUCAACCUAUACCGCCGCAAUACAUGGCUGUACCAGGCCCUGCGGGAAGGCACGCGGGUACAGAGUGUGGAACAGAUCCGCGAGGUGGCCUCAGGAGCGGCACGAAUCCGUGGGGAGACACUGGGCCUCAUCGGCUUCGGUCGCACGGGGCAGGCGGUUGCUGUUCGAGCCAAGGCCUUUGGAUUCAGCGUCAUAUUUUAUGACCCCUACUUGCAGGAUGGGAUCGAGCGGUCCCUGGGCGUGCAGAGGGUCUACACCCUACAGGACUUGCUGUAUCAGAGCGACUGUGUCUCCUUGCACUGCAAUCUCAAUGAACAUAACCACCACCUCAUCAAUGACUUUACUAUAAAGCAGAUGAGGCAAGGGGCAUUCCUUGUUAAUGCAGCCCGCGGUGGCCUGGUGGACGAGAAGGCCUUGGCGCAGGCCCUUAAGGAGGGCAGGAUACGAGGGGCAGCCCUUGAUGUGCAUGAAUCGGAGCCCUUUAGCUUUGCUCAGGGUCCUUUGAAAGAUGCACCAAAUCUCAUCUGUACCCCCCACACGGCCUGGUAUAGUGAACAAGCAUCACUUGAGAUGAGAGAGGCAGCUGCCACAGAGAUCCGCCGAGCAAUCACAGGUCGCAUCCCAGAAAGCUUAAGAAACUGUGUCAACAAGGAAUUCUUUGUCACAUCAGCUCCUUGGUCAGUAAUAGACCAGCAAGCAAUUCAUCCUGAGCUCAAUGGUGCCACAUACAGGUAUCCGCCAGGCAUAGUAGGCGUGGCUCCGGGAGGACUUCCUGCAGCCAUGGAAGGGAUCAUCCCUGGAGGCAUCCCAGUGACUCACAACCUCCCCACGGUGGCACACCCUUCCCAAGCUCCCUCUCCCAACCAGCCUACAAAACAUGGGGACAAUCGAGAGCACCCCAACGAGCAAUAGCAGAGAAUGCUGAAAGGUAAUCAUUCAGAUAAACUUGGGACCAAGAGACAGUGAAAAUGGAUGAACUAAGAGAAGGAAUUUGACAGUCUUUUUAACUGACCCUGGACAUAUGCAUCAUUGGUGUUGCAGUGUUAAAAGCUACAAGAGCUAGAAAACUGAAGAUGUCGUCUGCUUCCGGAAGCGCUGAAAGAAUAGGACGUGAUUUAUUAACGACCAACUUCUGUUAUUGUGUGUUAAGUUUUCCAUCUGUGCAUCAAAUCACAAAGAAUAAAUAGAGCUUUUUCCUUUAUCAGUUCCUUGGGCACAGCAGGUCCUGAGCACCUUGCUCUAGAAUGUUGCAUCAAGAGUUCCAAACAUCAAAAUAAAAAAAAAUAUUAAGAGGAAAUCCCCAUCUUAUGACUCUAGUCCCUUUGGUCUACAGGGGCUUGUUACCUCUUUUUGCUAAUAGGAAGACAAAAUUGCUACAAAAAUGGGGAAAAAACUGUUUGCCUGUGUUAGACACCUGCACGCAUAGGAUUGAAGACAGUACAGGCUCCUGUACAGAAGUGUCUCCCUCACAGCUGAACUGCAUACCGAGCAGGCAAGCUGGUUGUAAGUUAAGUUGUACCCUCUGAUGAUGCAAAAAAGAAAAAAAAAAGAAAAAAGUAUUAAGUUUCACAAGCUGUUUGUACUCAAAUAUAUUUUCUCAGUUUCAGAUCCUCAGCUAUUUUAUUGAGUGGAAAGUCUUGAACUGCUAAGGGUUCAAGAAUAAUGUUGCAUUUCCUUAUGUCUCAGGAAACACUUUUUAUGGUAACUUGUCAGAUUGUCUAUGAACAAACCCACUUUUUUAGACAUUGAUAAAUUCUUUUCUUCACGUGAUAUUUUAUACAAGAACACUUCAGAUGUGUUAUUAGAUGUGACUGAUUUUAACAAAUCCUAUUAGAUUUGUAUCAACUAGUUACAUGUUCUAUUCAUAGUCUUUUGUGAAUCAUUGCCUUUUUGUUUAAAAAGAUGGCCUAUUUUGAGCCUUUGUAUAGGUACAUUCCUGUUUUUGUGACAAAAGAAAAACUUUAACCUGUCCCAAAAGGAAAAAUGGCUAUCAGAAGUAUGUUUUGUUUUAGUGUGAGUUACCGUUACUGUACUUGUUUAUUGUAAAAGGUGGACAUUUAGCGUUCAGUGCAGUUUUCAAUAAAAAGUAAUUAAAA